AUGCUCGGCCACUUUUACAUACGCUUAAAAGGCAUCAGGGACAUUUUUUCAAACGGUGCAGAGGACGACUUUAACUCACUUGAGGCUAGUGAUGAAGAGCCUGGAGCUCCUAUACUUUCUACUUCCAAGCUGUCUUCCGUCGACGGCAAUCACCAAGCUAUGACUUUAUCUGCAAGCCGACCGACAGAUAUAUUAAUCUCUCCUCUCUCUUCCACCACUUCUGGUGCCUUAACUGCAAUUACCACUACUAUCAACUCCCCUGCUAAAUUACAACCAAUGAAUCAGCCUAUUGGUUCAGAAUAUUCAACAAUUUCUGCUUCCUGCCUUGUUUCUCACCCUGGUAUCUCCCAGGAAACUUUUCAAACAGUUUCUGGCGUGGCUUUUGAAACUGAGACUCCUGUAGCAAAUAGGCAUCCAUAUGAUAGCAACCAUUGCUAUACUGAGUCACUAUCCCUAGAACCUUCACAUGCAAAGCCUCCCUCUUCAAGCGUCAUAUCAUCGAUUAUGCAACUGAAUCCUCAUGAUGAAGUGAAAAACUCACCCAUUUUGACUGUCUCAUCGAUCACAUUAUCAGCCAGAAGCACGACUAGGCCUGUCGAUGCAUUAGCUCGAAUAACUGGUCUAGAUACUGUGUCCACUUGCCUCUCUCCAAUAAUGUCAUCGGGCGCAAUAGCUAUAGAGCCAUGCUCUAUCUUUCGUCCAGACAAGCCUGCUUACAAGUUACCUGUGGCAUACAAUAGCAACGAAUUAUCAGCAAAUGAACUUGCUGGUGUGCAUACCGAAUGCACAGUUGACAUCAUCGCCAAUCCUUCUCAAAAUCUUGAUUGCUCAGUCGAUUCCGAACUAACAGUUCCUCAAACCAAAGAAUGUCUUCAAUUAACACCGAAUGUCACC